CACGUGACUUCGCGUCCAUGCCGCGUGUUUGGUGGGAUUUCACGGUCGCAUUCACCCGGUGCGUGCACCUUUUUUCUCCUGCCACUCUAAUUCCUUCACAUUUUUGUCGCGUCCAUCACCCAGCUGUUCACGUUUCCCAAGCGAAUGCGACAAUGAAAACACAAGAUGCCGACCUGCAAGACCCUUCAAGCGGUGGAAAGGCAAGCCCUCGAAGACAGGAACGACUCCCAAGAUAGCCAGGCUAUUUUCGAUCGCUAUGUGGCUGAAUACGGGAUCGGCGUGACAAGCAGCUCACCUCCGCGUCCAUCGUGGACCACCUCGCGACACAUAUCGAGAGCUAGCAAAGGCCGCCGCGGUUCUCCUUCGACGCGUCAUUCUGAUCCUUCAAGCUAUACUGAGAGCCAGCCCGUUGUCGCUGUCUCUGUUCCCAGCACAGCACCCCCGGCUGCCUGUCCCGGAUACGCGCUACCCCGGCAUCACGAAAUCCCGUCGUCGGCCGUUGCCCCCGUUGCUACCGCAGACUCAAGCUGCGGCCCAGAUCUGCUGGGGCCUAAAUCAAUACCCACCUGCCCGCCCUAUCCCAAACCUACAAACGCCGACACCUCGAACCCUCCCGAGUCGCUUUCUGCGCCUUCCGUCAAUGGCGACGCGGUAGAGACACCGCCCGACGCGCUCCCCGCACCAUGCCACCCCCAUAGACCGCCAGACAAAGCCAAAGCCCUGUCUCGAGCUUCGGGCCGACGGCCCUUCACGAAAUACAAGAUGGAUGUAUCGCAGCAAUCGCCGACUCAGGAUAACGACGAUCGGGAUUACGAGAACUACUACGAAGGCCCUUCCUUUGUGGCGACGAGUCCAGCCUCCCAAGACGUCGCCGCCGAGAACCGCACAUGCGAUGAUGACUCUGCCGUUGUCGAGUUUGGCAGCCUCAGUCAUCUGAUACAUACCGAUACCCAGGCUGAUGAAGAGCCAUCCUCGAUUCCCGACGAUGCGGCCCCCAAACACGUUCGAGGAGAGUGGCGAAAUCGCACCUCAAGCUCCCAACAACACUCUUCCGUCCAGCGCCCCGAUGGCCAGUCGCCCAUACUGCCCGCAAACCCUCAUCCUCAAACCCCAGGUAAUCGCCACAAUCCCUUUGCUGGGAAAAAGAUGGGAGACCCUGCGCUGGUGGGAUCCCAACUCUUCGGCCAGACGCAGUUUUCGUCAGCUGUCAAACACUUCAGUCCCACCUCCUCGCGGCCCUCUCCGAUCGUCUACGCCCACAAUUCCAUCUCGCCCAACAUCGAGACCUCGCCGCUUAAGAACCGGCACACCGUAACGUCACCUCCCACCCUGCUUUCCUCGAGCCCUCAAGGUGUCAGAGUAGAUCACCAAGCGCCCCACGACCGAGAACGAAGCCCUAGCAAUUCUGGUCCUCCCGAAGAUGGCACUGUGCCGGAGUCGCCGCAGUUGGUCCCCAUUCACCCUAAGGCGGGGCUUGAGCCCAUCGAGAAAUACGAGAGCAUGCUGGACUCCCAGAAGAGGAAGCUGCAGAAUACUGCCAUCGAAGGCGGUGCAUCUGUGGAGGAUUCAGACGAGGAAGCGCGAAAGAGAGAGCGCCGCAGACGCGUAGAGUCCAAGAAGAAGGAAGCCGACAAAGAGCUCACUAGCAUCCCCAUUCCCAUUGGACGCUCAAAAUCCCGAGAUCUCAUCGGGAUCCCAUCGAACACCAAAAAGCCUGGGAAACACCUAACGAGGGUGAAUCGGUACCAAGCACGGCGUAUCCCAGACGACUCAACAGCAUCAGAGAACGAAGCCGACGAGUUCACUGUAGCCGACUCUCAAGACCAAGACCAGGCCGCAGCGCAGCCGGCGGAAAAUCGAGACUCUCCUGAUCUCGCCGAUAAACCUGUGAGAGCAAAGCCAGGCUUUGUCUCCAGUAACGAUGCAGUCCCUGAUAGCGCUGCCGCUACCCAGAAGUCUGUCUCUAAUGGUGUCAUACCGGGUACUGAAAGCUCUGGCAACAGCUCUCGACCGAAAGAUCUCAUACCGGAGACGAGCCCCAACAAUACACAAUUACGACCCACGCCGAAGAGACGCAGCUCAUCAUAUGAGCCGGUGUCUUUCAAGAAGGCUGAUAUCGAGGAGUCACCCGCGCCAGCUGCUUUGCCCAAAGAGCCCGAUGCGGAUGUUGAGGUUAUGCCCGAUACUCCUCAACCAUGCCUUCCACAGCCCUCUCGUCGUUCCAGCCGGAAAUCAAAGCCGACCCUCAAAGCACAGUGUCUAAAGAGUUCAGCUCGUCCCGCUGUCUCUUCAGAGUCCUUUGGAGCCGGCGAGAGCGAGGCACCUGGUGUACAUGUUUCAGCUCAAAGCGACGCACCAGAUGAGCUGGCUACGGAGGAGAAGGGUGCGGCUACACCUACCGAGCCGACUUCUAUUCGAGUUGAGGUUCCCACCGCGGACGAAACCCCACCUCUGCCGUCUUCGCCGCCGCUGCCAAAGGCUCAAGUUGAGGAUGCAGUACCUUCAGACUCGCGGCUCCCAAAGAGUUCUGCUGAACAGAAUCCUUUAACACCUAGUGAAGGGGAACGAGCCGCUGCGCCAAACGCUCCGGGGUCAACAACAUCAACACUCACUGUUCUCACAGUAACGCCUAUGCAGUCGGACAAGACAUCACCAGCAACUCCGGAAUCCGUGGAACUGCCGCAUCUCUCGCCAGACAGGCCAACUCGAGGACGGCAGCCUACUAAAUCGUUGCCCAAGCUUACCACCGGGUCCCGGGUCACGAAACCAGGCACGCGGACACGGAAGCCGUCGCGAAGGGCGGCUCGUCUUGACUCUGUAUCGACGGACGAGUUGACUCGGUCGCCUUCUGUGAACGGGUUUGAAAAUAGCAUUAUCCACCCCCCAAAGAUGACGGCUCGCAGCAGCCGCCUAUCCAUGCUGUCCCACGCCUCCAAAGAUAACAUUGGCAAAUCAAGCAUAUUCGCCGGCAUGGCCUUUGCGAUUUCCUUUCAAUCAAAGAAGGACGGCGAGAAAUUUGACCAGUAUGAGAACCGCCUUGGGCAGAGUCGAGAGGUUGAGAAAAUGAUUGUCCAAUCCGGCGGCCAUCUGCUAGGCAACGGCUUCGACGAGCUCUUUGAACCCAACGCUCUUGGAAGCCGAGCAACAAGCCCGGCUUCUGAGGUUAGAGACGACAACCCGCUGACACUGACGCCUUUCGCUCAAACCAUGGGAUUCACCGCCUUGAUUGCCGACGGACAUUCCCGCAAAGUCAAGUACAUGCAAGCACUCGCCCUCGGCUUACCAUGCAUAUCGGAUCGAUGGGUUGCCACGUGUGUGGCGAAGGGAGCCGUGGUGGACUGGCUUCCCUACCUGCUUUGUGCGGGUCAGUCAACGUUUCUCCGCGACGCGAUCCGUUCUCGAUACUUGGCGCCCUAUUCGGCAGUCGACGCGCGCCUCGUCGAUAUCAUCGAGAGGCGACCCAAGAUGUUAGAGGGCAGCAAGAUUCUCCUUGUGAUGAAGAAGUCCAGAGCCGAGGAAAAGAAGAUGCCCUACGUUUUCCUUGCACAUGUCCUGGGCGCCACUCUCUCUCGUGCCUACAGUAUGGAUGAGGCUAAGGAGACUUUGAGGCACCGAGAGUUUCUCGGAGACCCCUUUGACUGGGUCUACGUUGACGAACAUACUGGGUCGGAAGAGGAACUGUUCGGCCCUGAUUCCCAACCAACGAAGGCGCCGAAAACAUCAAAGAAGAGAAAGAGGGCCAACGCACCUGCGGCACACGAGGCAGCCCGGGCACCGAAGCGGAUUAGGACUCUCAGCAACGAGCUGGUCAUCCAGAGUUUGAUCCUCGGUCGGAUGAUUGAGGAGGGUGAACUGGAAGCGUGAAUCGCAGAAAAUGACAGACGAUGCAUCAGUACAUGAACAACUCGAGGGCAGAGAAAAUUUUGAGCGGACUCGGGAGUCGGAAGAGAACACACAAUGGCGUUUGGCAUUAGCGGGACUCCGGUUUUGUGGGAUGAUACCUCGGUCAGGAUAGGAGAGCCUUUCGCAUCGCAUGGGUCGAUUAUAUUUGCCCUUGCCCUCUACAAUAAACUUCAUAAUGGCCAUGGUCAUGACGCAUCCUAUGUUGAAAUGUGACUAGGGUUCAGGUCGCAAU